CGGGCAGGGCGCGGAAGCAGCUUUGUCCAUAACGAUUUUCGAGCGGGCAACAUCAUCUACAACGAGUCCAAGCCGCAGCCAUUCGCUGUCAUCGAUCCAGGGCCAGAAUUUACGCAUCCAUACCUAUGCUUGGCCUAUUCGCUUCUGCUGGAAGAGGUGCACGGCGCAAAUGAUCCAGCCGAUCUUCGGCGUGGCUAUGGUGACGUGUCUCCCAUUGAUGAUUCACGAUGCUCCCAUCGAACUGUGAUUGCCACCGCUGGCGCAGGUUCCAGCGCGUUGAGUCACCUUUUGAGUGUUGCUGGUGCCAGCCGUACGCUACUAGAGUCGAUUGUUCCCUACAGCCAAGCCGCCUUUGACGAUUUUCUGGGCAAGCCACCUAAGCAGUACGUUUCGGAUGAUGCCGCGCGGCUGUUGGCCGGACGCGCCUAUACUCGUGCCAGUCAGCUUGAACGCGGCGAUUUUCCUCUUGUGGGCCUAAGCUGCACCGCAACCAUCGUCACGGAUCGUCAUAAGAAGGGCGAACAUCGCGGUUUCGUCGCCACAUGGCAGCCCCAUCAGCUAAACACGUAUUCGAUUGUGCUCAAAAAGGGCGAGCGAAAUCGGGCCGAGGAAGAAGCGAUUUACAGCUUGAUCAUGAUCAACGCUUUGGCUACGGCUUGUGGCUUGUCGGCGCAGAUCCCCCUGCCGCUGCACGGUGAUGAAGUGGUGGAGGCAACGCGUUACGAUUUUGCCGUCGUAACCCAGCAGCUGCAUGACCAAGCAAUCCCCUUCUUUGCGCUACACGACAACGGACGAAUCCGAACAACGGACGUCUGCCCCCAGACCAUUCUCUCCGGCUCUUUUAAUCCGCUUCAUGCUGGUCAUCUUGGGAUGGCGCAUGCCGCAUCUCAACUGCUUGACCGCCCGGUCGCGUUUGAGCUUUCGGCCUUUAAUGUAGACAAACCGCCCAUCCCCCCGAGGUGGUGA